UUGCCAUUCCCGGAGCCACAGAAUUCCUUCAUCACAACCAAUUGGGCUAGCUCUUUGGAACAUAAUUUAAAAAGAGAAGGAAAAUGGCUUCACACAAUGAGUUCCAGAGCAAGCAAAAACAUAGCUUGCCACCUGCAUUGUGCAAGAAAGCUCCAGAGCCAACACCAUGCCCACCUCAAGAGGAUGCACCACCUCCAGAAGUCCACCAGUGCAAGCAGACCAUCUCUUUUCCUCCGGCGAUGUGGCCUCAUAAAACUCCAAGUCCUCAGGAGAAGCCACCAUGCAAAGAGUCUCCAGUAGUGGCUGCCCCAAACCCAUGCAGUCCACAACCAGAACCAUGCAAGCAUCCAUCAAUAGUGACCGUUCCAACUCCAUGUCCAGAUCCAGUACCUGAAAAGAAGUCUCCAUGCAAGGAAAAACCAACAGAGAUUGUCCCGAUUCCAUGCUGCCCAAAGGAUUCUCCAUCUCCUCAAGAGAAGCCACACUGCAAGGAAGCACCAGCACAUGUUGGGCCAACUCCAUGUUCUCAACAGAAAUCACCAUCCAAGGAGUCUCCAUGCUGUCCACAACCAGAGGCAGUUCCUUGCCCUCAACAGAAGCAACCAUGUAAGGAGACACCAGUAGAGUCUGAGCCAACUCCAUGUCCUCAACAUAAACCACCAACCAAGGACUCUCCUUGCUGCCCACCACCAGAGCCAGUUCCUUGUGCUCAGGAGAAGAAGCCAUGCAAGGAGACACCAGUAGAGGUUGUGCCAACUCCAUGCCCUCAACAGAAACAACCACUCAAAGAGUCUCCAUGUUGUCAAUCCCCAGAGCCAGCUUCUUGUGCUCAAGAAAAGCAGCCAUGUAAGGAGCCUCCAGUACAUAUUGUGCCAACUCCAUGUUCUCAACAGAAAUCACCAUCCAAGGAGUCUCCAUGCUGUCCACAAGCAGAGCCAGUUCCUUGUGCUCAAGAAAAGCAGCCAUGUAAGGAGCCACCAGUACACACUGUGCCAACUCCAUGUCCUCAACAGAAACAACCACCCAAGGAGUCUCCAUGUUGUCCAACCCCAGAGCCAGCUCCUUGUGCUCAAGAGAAGCAGCCAUGUAAGGUGCCACCAGUACACAUUGAGCCAGUUCCUUGCCCACAACAGAAGCAGCCAUGCAAGGAGACACCAGCAGAGGUUGUGCCAACUCCAUGUCCUCAAGAGAAACCACCAACCAAGGAUUCUCCGUGCUGCCCACCACCAGAGCCAGUUCCUUGUGCUCAGGAGAAGCAACCGUGCAAGGAGACACCAGUAGAGGCUGUGCCAACUCCGUGUCCUCAACAGAAAUCACCAUCCAAGGAGUCUCCAUGCUGCCCACAAGCAGAACCAGUUCCUUGUCCUCAGCAGAAGAAGCCAUGCAAGGAUACACCAAUCGUGACCAUUCCAACUCCAUGUCCAGAUCCAGUACCAGGUCCUGAAAAGAAGUCUCCAUGCAGAGAACCACCCAAAGAGGUUGUCCCAACGCCAUGCUGCUCAAAACCAAUUCCGAGUCCUGAAGAGAAGCCACAUUGUAAGGAACCACCAGCACACAUUGUGCCAACUCCAUGUGCUCAACAGAAGAAACUACCCAAAGAGUCUCCAUGCUGUCCAACCUCAGAGCCUGCUCCUUGUGCUCAGGAGAAGCAGCCAUGUAAGGUGCCACCAGUACACAUUGCACCAACUCCAUGUCCUCAGCAGAAGCCACCAGCCAAGGAGUCUCCAUGCUGUUCACAACCAGAGGAGGAACCCCCGUGCAAGCAACCCCCCAAAACCACUGUUCCAACCCCAUGCCCAGAAAAAAGGUCUUCCUGCAAGGAGCCAACUCCAACUGCACCUUCAACCAAAUGUCCACCUCCUAUUGAACAGCACCAAAAGAAGCAGCCUUGCUAUUGGCCACACCACAAGUAAGCAAACAAGAGAAAUGGAUCAGAGAAGAAAAUUGCUAUCUUCUCUCCACCUCCUUGCCUCUUCCACUGUUAUAUACCUCAUCCGUUUGUUCCUUCAAUGCUACAUGAAAAGAAAUGAGGGUUCAGAUAAAACUAUAUUAAUUCAUAUCUACAUGCUAACUAGAAAAAUAUGUAAUAUUUUCUUAUGUUCCUUCUGUAUUUAAACUGCAUGUACUCUAAGUUAACAGCACUAUGUCAUUACUAUUUUUCUACUGUACCAUCAGCCAUCAAAGGGAUGAAAGUCAGUUAUUGGACUCAGUCAAUGGUUUCUUUGUAAUUGGGUAUAAGCAGAGCCAGUCCAACAAUGAGGCGAAUUAAGCGGUCGCUUGGGGCGCAAAACAUAUGGGGGCGCAGUUGAGACUGUUGAUUUCUUGUAAAACAUGAUAUUUUGGUGCUUAAUUUGUAAAAUCUUAAUGUAAUUUGAUGUUUAAUAGGCUUUUCCUUAAUUAUCCUCCUUAUUAUUCAACGCUUUUAUUUUUCAGUGAUUGGUUGGGGGGGGCACCAAAAUGCUGUUCGCCUACACUUGAAAAUUACCUAGGGCCGACUCUGGGUAUAAGGUUGCCUCCUUUUUUACUGUGAAUAUAAUUAAGCUGAUUAUGGAAAUGAAGCUGAUAUUUAUGGGUGGAAACAUGAUGGCUGCAUUGGAGAUCAUGGUGUACUUCACAACGGGAAAACAGUACAUAGCACCACAAUGUCCUUGCUGUACUUCUUGUUCAUCUUUCUGUGGAUGCUCCUUGGAUGCAGCUGAUAACUCCUGCUAUUCUGAAAUAAAAUAAAUAAAACAUAGGUGCAAAAAGUACCAAA